GGGAGAGAGAAGAUAGGCAGACAGAGGAACAGCUGGGGACUGGAGAAGCUGACGACGGAUUCACGGCCGUGGGAUGAAGCUGCUGCCCAGGUGGAGAGCACUGCUGCCUGUGGGUCCUUGGAACAGGGCCUGGCCGUGGGCACAGCAACCCAGAAGAACCGCUCACACCUGUGCCCCAAAGAUGAGGGCCCAGGAGGACCCCGAGGGCCAGACACAGCAUGAGUCCCUGGGCUCAGCAGGGACCUCCACGAGGGAUCCCACGAUGUCCCUGCCUACAGAACCCAAGUUUGACAUGUUGUACAAGAUUGAGGAUGUGCCACCCUGGUACCUGUGCAUUCUGCUGGGCUUCCAGCAUUACUUGACAUGCUUCAGUGGCACCAUUGCUGUGCCCUUCCUCCUGGCUGAGGCACUGUGUGUGGGCCGCGACCAGUACAUGGUCAGCCAACUCAUCGGUACUAUCUUCACCUGCGUGGGCAUCACCACCCUCAUCCAGACCACACUGGGCAUCCGGCUGCCGCUGUUCCAGGCCAGCGCCUUUGCAUUUCUGGUCCCAGCGAAAGCCAUCCUGGGCCUGGAGAGAUGGAAAUGCCCCCCAGAAGAGGAGAUCUACGGUAACUGGAGUCUUCCCCUGAACACUUCUCAUAUCUGGCACCCACGGAUACGUGAGGUCCAGGGUGCAAUCAUGGUAUCCAGCAUGGUGGAGGUGGUGAUCGGGCUGAUGGGGCUGCCUGGGGCCCUGCUCAGCUACAUAGGGCCUCUCACGGUCACCCCCACGGUCUCCCUCAUUGGCCUCUCUGUCUUCCAAGCUGCUGGCGACCGAGCUGGCUCCCACUGGGGCAUCUCAGCUUGUUCCAUUCUCCUGAUCGUCCUCUUCUCCCAGUACCUGCGUAACCUCACCUUCCUGCUGCCUGUCUACCGUUGGGGCAAAGGCCUCACUCUCUUCCGCAUCCAGAUCUUCAAGAUGUUUCCUAUUGUGCUGGCCAUCAUGACCGUGUGGCUGCUCUGCUAUAUCCUGACCCUGACGAAUGUGCUGCCCUCAGACCCCACAGCUUAUGGAUUCCAGGCACGAACGGACGCCCGAGGGGACAUCAUGGCUAUUGCGCCCUGGAUCCGCAUCCCCUACCCCUGUCAGUGGGGCCUGCCCACAGUGACUGCGGCUGCUGUCCUGGGAAUGUUCAGUGCCACACUGGCUGGCAUCAUUGAAUCCAUCGGAGAUUACUAUGCUUGUGCCCGCCUGGCUGGUGCACCACCCCCUCCAGUACAUGCUAUCAACAGGGGCAUCUUCACGGAAGGCAUCUGCUGCAUUAUCGCAGGUCUGCUGGGCACAGGCAACGGGUCCACCUCGUCUAGUCCCAACAUUGGCGUUCUAGGGAUUACCAAGGUGGGCAGCCGGCGCGUGGUUCAAUAUGGUGCGGGCAUCAUGCUAGUCCUGGGCACUGUUGGCAAAUUCACCGCCCUUUUUGCCUCGCUCCCUGACCCCAUCCUGGGGGGCAUGUUCUGCACCCUUUUCGGCAUGAUUACGGCUGUGGGGCUAUCCAACUUGCAGUUCGUGGACAUGAACUCCUCUCGCAACCUGUUCGUGCUCGGAUUUUCCAUGUUCUUCGGGCUCACGCUGCCCAAUUACCUGGAGUCCAACCCCGGCGUCAUCAACACAGGCAUUCCUGAAGUGGAUCAGAUUCUGACUGUGCUGCUGACCACAGAGAUGUUUGUGGGUGGGUGCCUCGCUUUCAUACUGGACAACACAGUGCCAGGGAGCCCAGAGGAACGAGGUCUAAUACAGUGGAAAGCUGGGGCCCAUGCCAACAGUGAGAUGUCUACCAGCCUCAAGAGCUAUGACUUCCCCAUUGGGAUGAGCAUGGUAAAGAGGAUUGCCUUUCUGAAAUACAUUCCUAUCUGCCCAGUCUUCAGAGGAUUUUCAAGGUCAAAAGCCCAGCAUCCAGUUCCAGAAGACACUCCAGAUAAUAUACAUACUGGGUCUGCGUGCACCAAAGUCUGAAAAAUUACUUCUAGGAAAGGAAGCAAGGUUUGUAAAAGGAAAAGAAAACUACAUGGGGAAUGAGAAGACCCUAAGAUGGAAUUCCAGCUCUGCUCUAAACUAACUUCCUAUGAAAGCCUGGAUAAGUCACUCUCUUUGGAACCCUAUUUCUGCAUCAGUUAGAGGAAGAAUGGGCCAAAGUCUUUAAGAGCCAGUAUUCUAGAUCUCUAAAUCUUGACUUUCCUAAGCAAACAUGUCAGACAUUCCACAAUAGGUGGAAAUCUGCCUCCACCAUAGUUGAUAAAGAUGAAAAGAAAUCAAAAUGUAUUACAGAGCCUGAAAUGUCAGAAUACUGGUAGGCUUUUAGAUUGAAUAUGAUCCCCCUAUGCCACUUACUUCAUGACCAAAGUAUAUUAAAUAACAUCUUGAAGCAACAAUUUAAUAUUAAUUUUAUAAUUUAUACACAGCCAUUUCCUUGGACAGGACAUACUCUCACUUCUCUCAAAGGAAAUCUAUCUAAACUUUAAAAGUGUGAAGUUUAAAUUAAAAAAAGCAUUGCACAUUCAAGAACAAUCUCAAAUAGACCAAGAAGAACAAGCCAGUUUCUAGACAAUGAAAUUGUAUUGGGUCCAGAUUAAAGUUAUACAUUAUGACCAGCAAAGGACUUCACUCAUCAGAGCAACCAGGAUUAUUUGUGGAAUGACUAAUGUAGUCAUAAGCAAGCAUAUCACAACAGACUAUUGAGAUCACACAUCUGCUCAACUGGGUUGUCAUUUACUACAACAAAUCUGUACUACAAUGUAAAUUUCAGUGUUCUCCAUACAGCCCUUUAGAAGAAUGGUUCCCAAAUGCCUGAUGGGGCAGGCUGGCAGUAUGCCCUAGGAGUGUUUUUUAUGCCUAGACAACUGGUUUGCAAGUCUGGGAUCUAGCUAAGGGACUUAUUUUUGGUUUUAAUCCUUCACAGGUAAUGAGGAUAUAUCGCCAGGUUAGGAAAUCAAUGCACAGUGAACAAAAAAUAACUGCAAAAAAUAUUUGUGAGUCUAGGAGUAAAUCCCAGAGAACUAUAUUGUAAAAGCAAGUAGAGACUGUCAAUAUGGACAGAAAGGUCACCAUUAUGACUUUAGAUCAUUUUAUCUUAAUUUUAGCAAACGAUUCAUCACGUUCUAUUCUAGCACUGAUGCCUAUUUAUCUUAAUUCCUGAAAAAAUUUACUGCAAAUGUACCUACCGUCCCCAGCAACGAGACAUAGAGAGUAGGUAAAAAUGUAAAUAGGUUUUUGUUCCUUUUCUGCCAAAAGCUUGUAAAAGUCCAUAUUAAAUCCCAGUUCCAAAUGGAGUUAGGGUAACUCAAUGAAAAUCUUGGGGCAGGAAAAAAAAAAAUCUCCAAAUUUUCACCUUUCAGAUAAAAAUGUGCAAAUUUCGCCAAAUGUUUAAGAAAAAAUUAAUGAGCAAAACUUCUUCAUCAAGCUACUUUUGUAUAGGCAAGUCACAUGGACAUACCAUAUACUUCUUUUGGAUUGAAGCUUUAAGAUAUUUACAUAUCCUAGGGUAAUAUAGUUAUCAAAACUAAAAGUAGUGGCAAGAAGUCUGUUAGCAGUCUCAGACUAGCUCCAGAGUGUUGCCAGAAGUCACUCUAAGUCAUAAGUGAGACUGAGAGGCCCCUGCUUCCAUAGAAAGAAGCAGUACAAUUUCUGAAGGGGAAGAAAUGUAGAACUCUUGUUAAACAGAUACUGCUGGCUUUUCCACUUAAGGGAAAGAUGAGCUAGUUUUUUAAAAAGAUGAAAAAUAACUUUUUACCACAAGAUCUUCCAGGGAAGAGCCAUCACUGAUAACAAGGUCAUUAAAUUGGUCUUGGAUUUGGUCCAUAGUUUGUGGGAGAUCUCGAGCUGGAAUAAACCACUCAUGUUCCUCUU